UGCUCUCUGUGCUGAAGGGUUCGCAGGAGGAGGAGAUCAUCCUGCAGCAGGUUCCGAUCAGCAUCGCCUCACCAUGAAGACGCUGUCCGUGUGUUUGCUUGUUUGCGCCGUGACGGCUCUGACCAGAGCUGCUGCUUUUCCAGAAGCAGCAGCUGAAAACAAUCAACUGGCUAAGAGUCGGCUGGUCAAGAGGUCGGCGUCUUGCUCUGGUGGCUGGUCUGAGUUCAACGGUCGCUGUUUCCGCUACGUUCCCAGACCCAUGACUUGGGCUAAAGCCGAGAGAAACUGUCAGUCUUUUGGUGGAAACCUGGCGUCGGUGCAUGACAUUACCGAGUACCACGAGCUUCAGAGGCUGAUCAUGACCGCCAGCUAUGAGUUCAAACCAACCUGGAUUGGAGGCUCCGAUGCUCAGGAGGAGAAUGUGUUUCUCUGGAGUGAUGGAAAACCUUUCCACUACACCAACUGGUGUCCCGGAGAGCCGAACAAUGGUCGAACCACGCAGCACUGCGUCCAGAUGAAUUACGGAGACUCCAAGUGUUGGGAUGACUUGCAGUGUCGGGGUCGUCGUCCUUCUGUCUGCGCAAAGAGAACCUGAUGACUCCUGGCCAUGAAGUACCUGUAAAAAACACAGACAAUGCCUUUGUGUCUACAUGCUCUUACUUCUUUGUGCCAUCUGUACCGUUUAGAAGUUUUCUAUUUUGUCUGCUGCUGUAACGCAACUGAAGGAACAAAGCGACGCGUCACACCACCGAAGCUGGACCAUCUCCGAGGCCUUGGAUAAGAGUGAACGUGGAAUGAAAAGAAAGCUUCAAGCACAACUCUCCUUUCUUGUCUUUUGCCAAAUUAAACAUUUUAAGCAUUGAAA